CUAGCUAGCUGGUUGCCGCCCUCGUCGCGCGUCGCGGCAUGCCUGUGGCGUGAGAGCGACCGGCCGGGGGAGACGACAAACGGGCGAGCAGUGACCUGACCCUGUGAGAAACAGAAAGCUCUGUGUCCGUGGUGGUACGGUGUGGCCAAGAAGCUCUGUGGCGUCGCGACUUCCAUGGAUUGGGAUCUCAAGAUGCCCGUUUCUUGGGACCUGGCCGAGCUGGAGCACGACGCGGUGCCCGCCAUCGCCGCCCCCGCGCCCGCGGUGCCCGCCUCGAGCAUUGUGACCGCGGCGCGCGGCCCGCCGAGCCGGCCCGAGUGCUCCGUCGACCUCAAGCUCGGCGGGCUGGGGGAGUUCGGCGCGGCGCCGAACGGCGGCGCGAUGAAGGAGCCGGCGGCGAGGGGUGGCCCGGUCGUGCCGGUGUCGGCCGCGGCAGCUGCGGCGGUCGUGCCGUCCGCCAGCCCGCUGAAGCGCCCGCGCCCGGGGGCCGGCGGCAGCGGCCACUGCCCGUCGUGCGCCGUGGACGGCUGCAAGGCCGACCUCAGCAGGUGCCGCGACUACCACCGCCGGCACAAGGUCUGCGAGGCGCACUCCAAGACGCCCCUCGUCGUCGUCGCCGGCCGGGAGAUGCGCUUCUGCCAGCAGUGCAGCAGGUUUCACUUACUCGUGGAGUUUGACGAGGCUAAGCGGAGUUGUAGAAAGCGCCUCGAUGGGCACAACCGACGCCGCAGGAAGCCACAGGUUGAUAGCAUGAAUUCUGGGAGCUUCAUGACAACCCAUCAAGCUUUGUUUUCAAACGCAGGGACAAGGUUUGGGUCGUUCCCUGCACCAAGGCCAGAGCCAAGCUGGUCAGGUAUCAUCAAAACCGAGGACGCCAACCCAUACUACACCCAUCAGGCCGUAAGCAACAGGCAUAACUUCACGGGCUCCAUGUCAUCGUCAUACUCGAAAGAAGGCCGGCGCUUCCCCUUCCUCCACGAAGGAGACCAACUGAGUUUCAGCACAGGCGCGGCAGCGACCCUCGAGAUCCCCGUUUGCCAGCCUCUCCUGAAGGCCGCUGUUGCUCCACUGCCGCCGCCCGAGAGCAGCAGCAGCAACAAGAUGUUCUCAGACGGACGGCUGACGCACAACAUGCUCGACUCUGAUUGUGCUCUCUCUCUUCUGUCAUCCUCUGCCAACUCCUCCAGCAUCGUCGACGUCAGCCGGAUGGUCCGCCCCACCGAGCACGUCCCCUCCGCCGUGGCCGCCCAGCAGCACCUCGUUCCCAACCUGCAGCACUUCGGGAGCAGCUCCUCCUCCUGGUUCGCCUGCUCCCAGGCCUCCAACGGCUCUGGGUUCGCCUUCCCCAGCAUGGGGAGCGAGCAGCUCAACAACACCGCCCACCUCGUCCCAAGCUCGAACGACAACGAGAUGAACUGCCACGGGAUCUUCCACAUCGGCGCCGAAGGCUCCUCAGAUGGCACGUCGCCGUCCCUGCAGUUCUCGUGGCAGUAGUAAUCUUCAGUGUAACAUCAGAAGCUGUUCUUGGGUUCUUUUGUCAGUAGCUAGCUGUGGCCUUUUCUUCUAGUGAUCAGGUGUCCCAUUUGCUCAGUGUUCAUUCCUUCUCUUUUUUCAUCUUUGUGUAUCUUGAAUUUGUCUCUCGGCAUCAUCAGAGUUAAUAAACCUUGCAUGAUUCAGAAGCAAAUCUCUUUCAGAUACUUC